AUGGCUGGGCCCAUCAUUGACAAUACAUCUGGGCCCAUGGUGCUAGUUGGUCUCUUGGCUGGCCUAUAUGGUGCCUCGGCCAGCCAUGACACCAAAACAUCGGCCGGUCCAUAUGGUACCUCGGCCAGCCAUGGCACCAAAAUGUCAGCCGGUCAACAUGGUAUCUUGGCCAGCCAUGACACCAAAACAUUGGCCGGUCAACAUGGUACCUCGGCCAGCCAUGACACCAAAACAUUGGCCAGUCAACAUGGUACCUCGGCCAGCCAUGACACUAAAACAUCAGCUGGUUCAUAUGGUCCCUCAGCCAGCCAUUGGACUGGCACAGCUGGUAAUGUGCCUGCCUCUGGCAGAUGGAAACUGGUGUGGCCUUAA